AUGACUGAACCAGUAGAGACCCUAAGCACGGGCUCAGCCUUCUAUGUCCCCCCAAAGGGCCGCAUGGUCCUCGGCGAAGGCGUCAUCUAUCGAGCUAGCGAUUCCACCCUGCACUGGUUUGAUUGUCUCUCUUCCCCAGCCGAACUAUACAUUCUCCCAGUCGAUCCCGAGACAGGAUCUGCCACUGGGCCGGCCCGUAUCCUUCCACUCUCAGACAGUGUGACCGUUGCUGCGUUUCGUCAGAAUAAAUCGCGCAGCUACAUCGCGGCCUAUUACCAAGGCGUAUGCUUUUUAGAUGAGGAGACCGGGAAAUUAGAGGUGGCUUGUGAGAUUAUCCCGUCCUCAGAGCGGAGUCAAUGCCGGUUCAAUGAUGGCGGUGUCGAUGCAGCUGGACGGUUCUGGUUAGCGGAGAAUGAUCUUACAGCCACUGCUUUCCCCCCUGGAAAACUACCUGCCGAUUAUGGGGUUCCCAAGGGGCGUCUGUGGAGAUAUGACCCCGAUGGAAGCUUGCACAUGAUGCUGCCUGGGGGACUUAUCUGUGGAAAUGGCGUUAAAUGGAGUCCGGAUAAUCGGACGAUGUACCUGAAUGACUCCGUCGGGAUGAAAAUCACGGCGCUUGACUUUGAUCUUGGCACGGGGAGUAUUUCAAACCCGCGAACCCUUAUUGACUUUCAAGGGGCGGGCGGGGAACCGGAUGGAAUGGUUCUAGAUGCGGACGGUAAUUUGUGGGUGGCAGUCUAUGGAACCAGUCAUAUCAUGGUCUUCACGCCACAGGGCAAGCUCUUGAAACAAAUAGCACUGCCAGCGAUGUAUCCAACCUGUCCAACAUGGGGAGGCAAGAGCCAGGACAUCCUAUACAUCACUACUGCUAAAGACCGCACAGAUACUCCAGAUCCAAAUGAUGAGGGUGGGUAUAUGUAUAUGGCUUGCAUCGAUAAGGUGAAAGGUCAGGUCAAGCAUGAGUUUCGAGGUUGA